CAUGAUCCGAAACGGGCACGGGGUGGCAGUCGGCGCCGAACGGCUGGGCCCGGGAGGCAGGCCUGCAGUGCGAGUGUGGUGCGAUGGCUGCAGCCUGGCAUGAAGGACCAGGACGCAGGCCGGACCGCUGACCCCGUCGCGGAGACUCGGAGGGUUCUGGGAGAAGCGCCUUUCCUACAAGCACUCCUUCCCCGACGUUUGCCACUAUGACAUGGUGCAUUACGGCCACUCCAACCAGCUGCGCCAGGCACGGGCUAUGGGUGACUACCUCAUCGUGGGCGUGCACACCGACGAGGAGAUCGCCAAGCACAAGGGCCCCCCAGUGUUCACGCAGGAGGAGAGGUACCGGAUGGUGCAGGCCAUCAAGUGGGUGGACGAGGUGGUGCCAGCGGCUCCCUAUGUCACCACGCUGGAGACGCUGGACAAGUACAGCUGCGACUUCUGUGUCCACGGCAAUGACAUCACACUGACUGUGGACGGCCGGGACACCUAUGAGGAAGUGAAGCAGGCUGGGAGGUACAGAGAGUGCAAGCGCACCCAGGGCGUGUCCACCACGGACCUCGUUGGCCGCAUGCUGCUGGUCACCAAGGCCCAUCACAGCAGCCAAGAGAUGUCCUCCGAGUACCGAGAGUACGCAGACAGUUUUGGCAAGUGCCCAGGGGGGCGGAACCCCUGGACAGGGGUGUCCCAGUUUCUGCAGACCUCCCAGAAGAUCAUCCAGUUUGCUUCGGGGAAGGAGCCUCAGCCGGGCGAGACGGUCAUUUACGUGGCCGGUGCCUUUGACCUGUUCCACAUCGGGCACGUGGACUUUCUGGAGAAGGUGCACAGCCUGGCGGAGAGGCCUUACGUCAUCGCCGGCCUGCACUUCGACCAGGAGGUCAACCGCUACAAGGGCAAGAACUACCCCAUCAUGAACCUGCACGAGCGGACCCUGAGUGUGCUGGCCUGCAGGUAUGUGUCAGAGGUGGUGAUCGGGGCCCCGUAUGCAGUCACAGCCGAGCUCCUGGACCACUUCAAGGUGGACAUAGUGUGUCACGGGAAGACAGAAAUCGUGCCGGACAGGGACGGCUCUGACCCGUACCAGGAGCCCAAGAGGAGAGGCAUCUUCUGUCAGGUGGACAGUGGGAGUGACCUCACCACGGACCUCAUCGUCCAGCGCAUCAUCACAAACAGGCUGCAGUACGAGGCCCGGAACCAGAAGAAAGAGGCCAAGGAGCUGGCCUUUCUGGAGGCCAUGAGGCAGCAGGAGCCGCAGCCCACGAGGGAGAGGGACAGUCCCUUCUGACGGAGGAUGACCGCCACCGGGAGCCCUGGAGCUCGGCCUGCUCCGGCCCCGCUCCUCGCCCCUCCGUGGCUGCCUGCCGUGGGUUCGACAGCGUGGCCGCCCCCUCCCUCCUGCACCCUCCCCUCUGAGCUGCACGGGGAAGGAGCCCCGCAGGCAGGAUGAGCAGAGGGCGCCGGUGACCAGAGGGGUGCCACCCUGUGUGCCUGGGGAGGCCCAGCCCCGCCCCACCCUGCCCCCUCGGGAGGCUCCCACAGACCCAGCUGACUCCUGCCCGCCCCUCUCGGCGAGAGUCCACUUCGGGGGACAGUGACCCGAGGGCGCACAGCCUUCCCUCCGCAGGGUGCGGACCAGGCUGCCCCUGUACCCGCACCCUCUGCCUUGUGCUGUGUCCCUGGUGCCCCAAACCUGGCUCCUGGACCCUGAGCCCCGCUCCCCGGCCAACCUCCUGCUCUCCCCACGGACUUCUCCAUUUUGUGCGUGACGAGCCGGUGUGCAACCAAUAAAGCGGGUGGGAGACCCACUGUGUCGGGCCGUCA